CGCGGGCACUGUCUGCCAGGGCGGCCGGCGGCAGCGGCGGUGCGCGGCGAGGCUGGCAGGGGCGAGAGCGCCCGCCUGAGCUGCCCCCGGGAGCCCGCCCGGCCGCCUCUCCUCAGCCGCCGCCGCUCGCCGGGGGGCGCGUCCCGCCCGCAGCCGCCUGCAUGACACUCCGCAAGGGGGAGAGAGCGACCAUCAGCAUCCAGGAGCACAUGGCCAUCGACGUCUGCCCCGGCCCCAUCAAGCCCAUCAAGCAGAUCUCCGACUACUUCCCCCGCUUCCCGCGCGGCCUGCCUGCCGCCGCCAGCCGCCCCGCCGCCCCGCCGAGCCGCCCGCCCCUCAGCCCCGCCGAGCCGCCCCGCGACGAGGACGAGGACGUGGACCGGCUCUUCGGGGCGUACGGCGCCAGCGGCCCCGCCGAGCAGCCGGCCCCGCGCCCGGCCGAGGAGGAGGCGGCGGACGCCGAGGGCUACGAGUCCGACGACUGCACGACGCUGGGAACACUAGAUUUCAGUUUGCUGUACGACCAAGAAAACAAUGCUCUCCACUGCACAAUCAAUAAAGCCAAGGGCCUGAAGCCAAUGGAUCAUAAUGGUUUGGCUGAUCCAUAUGUCAAAUUGCACUUGCUCCCAGGCGCUAGUAAGGCGAAUAAGCUAAGAACAAAAACUUUGCGGAACACUCUGAAUCCCACCUGGAAUGAAACCCUCACUUACUAUGGCAUCACGGACGAGGAUAUGAUUCGCAAGACGCUAAGAAUUUCCGUCUGCGACGAAGACAAGUUCCGCCACAAUGAGUUCAUCGGGGAGACGAGAAUCCCGCUGAAGAAGCUAAAGCCCAACCAAACCAAAACCUUCAGCAUCUGCCUGGAAAAGCAGCUGCCGAUAGAUAAAACAGAAGACAAGUCCCUGGAGGAGCGGGGCCGGAUCCUCAUCUCCCUCAAGUACAGCUCCCAGAAGCAAGGCCUCUUGGUCGGCAUCAUCCGCUGUGCACACCUGGCUGCCAUGGAUGCCAACGGCUACUCCGACCCCUACGUGAAAACCUACUUGAAACCAGAUGAGGACAAGAAAUCAAAGCACAAGACAGCAGUGAAAAAGAAAACACUAAACCCUGAAUUCAAUGAGGAAUUUUGUUAUGAAAUAAAGCAUGGUGACCUGGCAAAGAAGACCUUAGAAGUCACUGUGUGGGAUUAUGACAUUGGAAAAUCAAAUGAUUUUAUUGGUGGAGUAGUGUUAGGAAUUAACGCCAAAGGUGAGCGGCUGAAGCACUGGUUUGAUUGCCUGAAAAACAAGGACAAGAAAAUAGAGCGCUGGCACACACUAACGAACGAGCUGCCGGGGGCCAUCCUCAGCGAUUGACCCUAAAGACAGGCCCGGGACCCCGAAGAUAGCCCAGCUCUCUCUCACAACCAGAACCAGGAACAGUUCAUGCCUUUGGACUUCUAGUUUACUUACUACAUUAAAAGGGAUACUAAGUCAGCAAGAAAGAGUGGCUUGGUCAGGCUGCAGGGAAAUACCACUGAACAAGACACAAUUGAUUUUCUCUGUUCAGUGGGUGUGCUCCCCUCGGGUUUUCUCCUAGGUGUCUCUGAGCACCCCCUCUCUCCAACACACACAUACACACGGUCAAUUGAGAGAAAACAGGCCUGCAUGCACUAGAAUUGUGACUUAUUUGCUAACUAUUUGAUAUACUGAAUUAUCUUCUUGCUGCCUUGCAAAAUGAAUGGAUCACUUUUUGUUUGUGUAGCUACUAUGAGCAAAAAGCAUUAUUAAACAUGGAACUAUUUUACUGAGGCGACUGUGCCACAUUUCUGGUUGUCAAUUUCUGUGGUUUGGGCCUGAACAGUCUUUAUGCACUUAAACACUACCUUUUGGAAUGAUCGUCUUCUCCAAUAAUCUAUAAGGACUGUUUGCUUUUCUUUCAGAAAUGUAAUGCUUGUUCUGUCUGAUAAUCUAGAUGAAGUAUACCAGUAUGCUAAAAGGGCUGUGCAGCUAUAUAAGGCAAUAGCUUCCUUAUAUAUGUCCACCUGGGAACGGUAGGCACGUGCAGCCUCACCAGGAAUAAUACAAGGCUUCACAUUUGCUAAGAGAAGUUUUGAUAUUUAAGAAAGAUCAGAAAAUCAACAGACAAUUCCAUUCCAGCACUUACUCUUGCUCUAUUACAGACAGUGGGACUUCACACUAGCACUUCCAUGCAGCUGCUAUUUUUAGGAAACCAUGAAUCUGCCUUUCUUCCUGUCAAACAGCUGGUUUGAACAGGACUAUUUUUCACUGAAACUUACCUUCAGAUUUUACCGUUAGUGCAAACAUUUCAUUCCGGUUAGUGAGAAUGAACAGAACCCCCGAAGACUUGCCACUAGCUAGAAGGGCAAGAAGAGGCAGACUUGAUGCUACAGUAAGUGCCAUGGGUCAAAUUCUGCCUUUGGUUACAUGCACAACAACUUUCAUGGACUCCAGUGGGCAUUACACACGUGUAAGGGACAGAGAAUUUGGCCUUGUCUCUUCCUUUAUUCAGCCUUCGUAACAGUGUAUGUAACUCCAUAACUCCCCAGGUAGGCCAAUUAUCCAUUCCUUUCUACAAAUCUGUUCUUUGCAUCGGUCUGGCUUCAGUCAGUGUCCAAAGACUUAGGCCCUGAUUUUGCCCCACUGACACCAUCGGUAGUUUUGUGGGAGAACUAUCAAUCCCUGGUGGAAUGUGCAAGUCUGAGUUAUUGAGAGGGAUCCAAUUGAAUAAAAAGCUCAUAGCUCCCAAACCAAACUUCUCUACUCGGCCAGUCACACCAUACACUGGAUCAAAGUUUCCUCUCUUUCUUUCAUUAACCACACUGUUCUAUUUUCCUGACCAUGUCCAAGACAGUUCACAAGUUUUUCUGCAAACACAAGAAGUCACAAAUGAGCUAAACUAACUGCAAAAUGCUGCAUGUUGUCAGAAUUUUCAGAAGCCUUUAACACAUGCAUUAUUGAAAAGGUUCAUAGUUACAUUCAAGUCUUUACUCUCUACUACAUAGUAAUUCAUAAACAUGUAUUUUUGGGCUGAAGACCACUUUGGGGAUCAAUCAGAUCUCUUUAGACCUACAUUUAUUUUUCAAAGUUAUAAUAAUAGUACACCUUGUUAGAUAUGGGAAAACCUUCUUAGGGUCUUUUUAACAAUGUAAUAUUUGUAGUGAAUUAUGCAGAUAUGCAUGAAUUUUAUUUGAAUGCUAACAGUGUGUCAAGUUAGAUGAUCUCACCAAUUCUCUCUUGCCCAUGUAUGUUACUUUUCCAGCACUUUAAAAUAUAGCAGGAUAUUUAGGGCUUGAUUUCAGAAGUGCUGAGCCCCCACAGCUCUUACUGGAGUCCAUGGGAGCUGCGUGUGUUCAAGGGCUCUGAUAAUGAGGCUCUUAGAAUGGCCAUGAAUAAUAGGGACUCUCCCUUUUUGUCAAAGUUAUUUUAAAAGUACCGUUUGUUUAAGCAUAUAUUUUGCCAUUACGCUAGUUUAUGCCUAAUGUGGAGUGGGACAUAACGUGUGCAUUUUUUCAUUUUGUAUUUGUCUUUUUUAACUGGGCUGUAUAUAGAAAUUGCAUGCAAGAUGGUUGUUGUCAUGCAAGAACUUGUUAAAUGUUUGAUACCAAUGUUUUGCUACAAUGUGAAGGCUGCAGUAAUUGUCCUUAACUGCAUCCUACAAGAAUUUUGUAUUUCAGUAUUAUCUACGUGUACUUAUUGUUGGAUUUGUUAAUAUUUAUAAAUAGAACCCAAAAUAAAAAGGGGGAAAAAAAGGUGAAUUCUAAAGGUUCAGCUUCUGAGUCUCCCCCUAUUUGUACAGUAAUCACGUGCUCAGUCCACUAUGCCGCAUUUCAAACUCUCAGAUGCUGGAAUGACAACGAAGAUGACACAGACUUUCACCUCCUUUGAGGUUGUGUCAAUUUUCACAGGCACUAGACGAAUCAUUUAGGAUUUUAUGCACUUUUUUUAUGGUCUUACCUUUUCAGAGCACUUCAGGGGCAAAAAUUGCUCAGUGGCAGCUGAUUCUACCUAGAAAAAAAAAAUGUUUCUUUUGCCAGUUGUAAAACCAAGGGCCAAAUCCUGCUUGUUUUGCUCAUGUGAGGAAUCCUACAGAAGUCAGCCGAGUGAAGAGCAGGAUCUGGCUUCCAAUUUGUAAUGGGACAAUGUUGGAAUGUUACAAGUGCAUCACUAAAAAAUGUUAUUGUUUUGCUUCCUUAGGAUUGUUUUACAAAACAUACUGACCGCGACAGAAACUCAGAGUAGAUAUUCUCUGUGACAUUACAAGUACCUGCUGGGUUCAAAAAGAGUUAUGAAUCCACCUGGGGGCUAAGCAGCAGGAGUAGAUGAACUAAGCAACAAAGAGGCAUUUCCUAGUGGGGAAAAUCAAAGGUGCAAAAUUAAAACCAAGAGCAGAGCGAGCUAAUGGAUUAAUUUUUGGAGUUGGAACAUCUGCAUUUUAAUCUCAGCUCUGCCGGUGGCUUGCUGUGUGGCCUUGGGCAAAGUCACUUAGCUGCUCUCCCUCUGCUUCCCCUUCUGUAAAAUGAUAUUUAUCUACCUCACUGGGACAGUGUGAGGUCUGUCCAUCGCUUUGAAAAAUUAAAGCACUACAAUUGUGGGGAAAAAACCCAGAGUGGGGUUCAGAGGUUUCCACUAGUGUCACUAAAAGGAGUUAUUUGGUAACAUUACCAGGGAGGCAUUUUAAAAGGAAUAUGGCUGCUCUGAGAGUGCUUCAGUGCAUGGGUUGUUGUUUUUUUAACCAAAUGGUACAACAUACUCUGUGGCUCUUAAGAUGAUUGAUAAAUAAUAUUUCCAAUAUGCGGUAAGGAAUGCAGUGAAAAAUUUGUGAAUUUCCUGUUCAAAUAAAAGCUACAUAAAUGAGCAAGGAAAUAUUUCUAAAGUCAUUUUAUACAAAAGAUGAGAUUACAGCUACCUGUGGAAUUCUACUUUGAGCUGAGUUCUGUAGAUUUGGAAGAUUUAACUUUAUUUGCCAAGGGUUUAUAUUCAGAGUUCAAGACGCUGAGUAGCUAAAUUGGUACCAGAGGUGAAGAUCCUAUUUAGAGGGUGGCAUCUAGCUUAGGGAGCACUGGCUCUUUAACAAUACUAGCCUUUUUUAUUCAGCAUCUCAAAUGAAGGCAGUAACUUUGAAUUUCAAACCUUCUACUGAAUAUUCUCAAGAGUCCCUUCUCAUGAGUCCUUCUUUGUUACUGAAUAUCAAACUGCAUGUGUUUUCCCAUCAGUGUACAUAGGACCAACUUAUCAACUGCCUAGCCUAAUACAGGAUAUGCAACUAAUUGUAUACUAGAUUUGGACACUUAACUCAUCUUGGCUAGCUAUCCUCUGUUUGUUGCAAAGUGCGUGAUUGUGUUCUUACAAAAAAGCUCCAGUUGCAAAUCAGAAGUUUAUGUGGCGAUUCACAGCACUGUCAACUGCUUCCUGUAUUCACACACUCUAUAGACAAAGAAAUAACUGAGCAUUAGGUUGUUCUUGAUAUUGCUUAAAAUGAGCUAAAUGACAACAACAAAAAAGUCAGUGUCUAUGUUUACACAGCUACCCCAAAUGCAUUGCAGUUUCCAACAGUUAGUAGAGAUUUUCCAGCCAGCCACAGCAGAUUCUCAACUAUUCAACAGUCAGCUCCAUAAUGCAGAUAUUUACUGGAUUGUAGAGUAAGUAUGUUUUUAAAAACUGACAGACUGAAUGGGCAUUAAUAGUGCUCCAAACCUUGUUUCCCCUCCCAUCCGCCCCGCCCAAAGUGUCUGCCUUUCAGCUUUUAAUCUAAAGCCUGUCUUGGUCUAAGGACAGCUUCAUGUACUAGAGUUCUCCAGCUAGUACCCUGGGACAAAUUUACCACAUACACCUUGGAGAAGGUUGUUUUUGUAAUUUUCUUACUUGUAUCUAAUACUCCUGCACCCUUAUUCUCUGUGACCUCCAUGUUCCUCCUGGGAAUAGGGGAGAUGCUUAGGUCUUGACUUGCAUCGUAAAACUGGUUGGCUGGUGUUUUUAUUGCAAUCCUCUGUGUUUGUAUCAAUAUUUGGUUGUAACAUCAAAGGUUAAAUAUUAUUUUUGGACUGAAUUUAUGAAGCGGGGAAGAGCAUGUAUUCUAUUUAAUGUACUAGGUUUGACUUGUCUUUUUACCAAAAUAAAAAUAAAGGCUGCGUAUGCAUUG